AUGAUUGUAAAUGGCCUCGUCAUGGAUAACACUACCUAUAUCCUGCUUGACUUGUCUGUGAGCGACACCAACAGUUCAAGACCAAAUGGCUCAACUCUCGAACAAAUUCCAUUUUACGAUUUUGUCCACGGUCUGUAUCUCUACGCUAUUCCGCUGAUAUCAGUCCUCGGGAUCCUAGGAAACAUCUGUUCCUUCAAAGUAUUUAUUUGUACCAGUUUUAGCAGACACCCAUCCAGUAUAUAUCUGUCAGUGCUCAGUGUGUCGGACACCUGGUUCUUAUUGGCGCUUUUCCUCGGCUGGCUUGGGAGCCUUGAUGACCGAUUUUCCGAGAACGGUGCUUUGUGUAUGGUAUCAGUAUAUGUAACAUAUAUCACAAGCUUCCUCUCUGUGUGGUAUGUAGUUCUUGUCAUGUUUGAGCGUUAUAUUGUCGUCUGCCACCCUUUGAAGGCUCCAUCGCUCUGUUCAAAGAAGCGAUCGGGAAUCGCUACAUGUGUAGUGACAGCGUUCGCCAUUUUGUUUUACGCGCACAGUUUUUUCACUAUGGAGAUUGCUAUAAGUAACACUGGGAAAAGGACAAGUGCUUGUCAGAUGAUUGACGACGACAUCAACCUGAUUGCUGCGAUAACUUAUGUAGAUUCGACUAUAACAUUCAUCGUCCCUUUCAUUGCAAUUUUCACCUUAAACAUUUUAGUGAUCCGCGCCAUCCGGAGUUUUACAUACCGACAUGUUAGUCGACACGAGAAGAAAUAUUACUCCCCGUCUCAUAAUACUCUUUCAAAAGCUCAAAUGAGGCUCACUAUCAUGUUGAUGGUUGUAUCUAUUGUGUUCCUUGUGCUCAAUUUGCCAAGCCAUGGAGUGAGAUUUUACAUUGCAGUAAAUAAUCUGAUCUACAAACCGAACAUUUCUCUCUUUCUUACGCAACAAGUCUGUCAGAUACUCUAUUAUGUAAAUUUUGCCGUUAAUUUCAUCGUCUACGCUUGUACUAGUAAGACAUUCCGGAGGAGUUUAAAAGAACCCAAUAAGUGUGGCACACAUGUGACAUGUUGA